AUGCCCAAAUAUCCAACUUCAACAUUUUCAACUUUAGUCGCAAGAUACUGCAACCUGACUCGCGCCAGCAAACACAAUCGCGAGCUCACUGGACUAGAAAUCAUGAAUGAUACCCGGAUCACGCCCGGGUCUUCGCAUCGGCAUGCGGACAACACGCGUCGGAACCAAGAGCUCGCCGCCACGGCCAGAGAGACCAGCACUGUCCUUCCAGGCAUCCUCGAGCAGCUUCCAAAUCUCCAGCCCGCACACUCUGAAGCGCUUUCAUUGGACACCUUGGCGCCGCUCGACGCCUCCGAGUGCCCCAAGCGGACUCCGACGGCCAUCCGAGUGGUAAACAGCGACACGCUCAACGCAGCUAUCGAGCUGUCGGCUGCUGGCCGCGUCGCCGUCCUGAACAUGGCCAGCCACGUGAACCCCGGCGGCGGCUGGCUCAAGGGCGCGCGCGCGCAGGAAGAGGCCCUCUGCUACCGCAGCUCGCUGUCGCUGUCGCUGCACCGUCGGUACUACCCCUUCAAGCAGCGCACAGGCGUCUACACGCGCGACGUCGUCGUCAUCCGCGGCGACAUGGCAACCGGCCACCGGCUGCUCGUCCCGGGUGUGAGCCCACAGGACCUUCCCGUGGUGAGCGUCCUGAGCGUGGCGGCGCUGCGGAAUCCAGAGACGCGCCGGAGCCGGGACGGGGCAUCGGAGAGGCUUGUGUACGCGGACACAGCGUCGAGGAGCCUCACCAAGGACAAGAUGAGACUGUGUCUGCGGAUGGCGGCGCGGCGGCACCACGGGCUGCUGGUGCUGGGGGCGCUGGGGUGCGGCGCGUUCAAGAACCCGGCCGGCGAGGUUGCCACGUGCUGGCUAGAGGUUUUCCGCGAGGCCGAGUUCCAGGGCGGCUGGUGGGACGAGGUCUGGUUCGCCGUCUACGACACAGGGGGCGAGGGCAAUUUCCACGUCUUUGAGCGAGUGCUCGGGGGUGUCGAGGUGUGA